GAUAAACCUUACAACAUUGAUAUAAUGAAAGCCUUUGUUUUACUGUUGUUUUUACUUGUAAACAGUACCAUUUCCUGGUGUCUUCCCUCAAGGUCAAAGUUCACAAGGAAUAACCACAGCAGCUAAUGGUGGGGUUAGCUAACGCAGUGUAGAUAUAGUAUUGUGGUGUUGGAGGGAUACAUUACAUUCAUUGACCGGGAAAUAAUAGGGAGUACAUUGAGUUUGCUGGAGUGUACUCCAGGUGAUAUUGUGUGUGUAUUUAGUGACCAGGCUUUGAAUGACAAGGAUUAUCAGUGAUCGCUGGCUGGACGAACAAACUAAUUUGAUGAUCCACCUCUUAAGUGUGAGAGUGUUGUGGUGUAAAGGAAUUCAUUUUAUAUAUAUAGAAGGGGAAAAACAUUGUUUUUGAUGAUGAAUAUUUAAUGAGGAAUUUGAAAUGGAAUUAACCACUAUCACUGGAUGUUAUUUGUGUUUUUUCAUCAGAUUUUGGUGUGGCUUGUGAUCACAUCUGUGAAAUCAGUUAUUGAUUUGAAUAUUUAUAUCUUAUUUUACCUCAAGUUUAUUUUAAUGUGUUAUCUAUCAAAGUGCUGAAUUGAGUGAAUAUUAGGCAUUCCUGCAGAUUAAUUAAUAAACAGCUAAUUUAUUUGAUAAUGGAGAAAUCAUUCUUGUUGUUGAGAUAGCUAGUCUACACAAUGGUGAUAAUAGAAAGCAAUUAAUCUAGCUCAGCAUUGAUUCAAUUUCGCGUAAUCCAAGUUUACAAAUAUGCCAUUGGGAAAAAAAUGGCGAUCGAUGGACGUUCUUCAUUUUGGCUCAUCUAAGCAAGAUAAAGAGGCCCUAAAAAAGGACGAUGGACUGGUAGGAUCUGGGGAACAUUUGUCUCGAACCUGUGAUGCUCGGGUAAAGGGCGGGUCCAGAGAAGACCUGAUUGAUGCAGAUCCACCGGUUAUUCUAAGAAAGAAGCAUACUAGUUCUAAGCAUCGGUUUAGUUCACGAGAGGACCUCCUCGAUAAACCCGCCUCCCCCAAACUGCGACAGAGCCUGCAUGUCCCCUGGCACAGGACUAAGUCGAGCUCUAGGGAUGAUCUCAUUACUAAUGAAUCUAGGAAAGAUGUGAACGACAGGCACUCUAGCAGUGUGAAAUUGGAACAACAUGGCACUCAGGAAGAAACCAAAGAAGGUUAUAUACAGAGAUGUGUGAUCAUACAGAGAGAUGAGAAGGGCUACGGACUCACAGUCAGGGGAGACAACCCAGUCUAUGUAGAGUCUGUCAAAGCAGAUGGGGCAGCAGAGAGAGCUGGCGUCAGACAGGGAGACAGGAUUUGUAAGGUGAAUGGGACACUGGUAACAAACUCAAACCAUAUAGAAGUUGUGAGACUUAUAAAAGGUAAGAAUGGACAUCAAGAAACAAGGACUACUGACAAAUUUAUUAAUGGAUUUAAACCUCAAAUUAUCUGGGGUUAG